AAAAAAUUUUUUUAGGAAAUAAGCUUUAACUGCAACACAGACCCCUGGAAUAUCGCGGCCACCGCCUGCUGCGAAAGAAGGAGCGUGGAGAUGAAGUCGUCGACCCUUCUUCUCAAGCCACCCUUGCAUCUGCCUUCUCCUUCUUUUUCUCGCCUAAUUGAUCGAAUUUUCAACGCUCCUUCUGGCUCCCUCUUCAGCACCCAAGUGCGCUAUCUUUGUCGAUCGAGGAGCCCCUUCUCUGUCCAUCCUCUCGCUAUGGCCUCCUCCGCUCGUCCAUCCUCUCAGAUUGCUGUUUCAUCUGAUGUUGAUGGGGCUUCUGAUGUUUUCCAUCUGAUUCACGCUCAUCAGGCCACCGCUCCUCGUCUUCCUCCACUUGAAGAAGUUCGAACUAUUCUUAAUAACAGCAUUCGAGGCGUGCUUUCUACAUUUUCCAAGGAACAUGAGGGUUAUCCAUCUGGAUCAAUGGUUGAUUUUGCCUGUGAUCAUGAUGGUUCACCAGUGCUAGCAGUCAGCAGUCUUGCAGUUCAUUCAAAGAAUUUGUUGGUGAAUCCCAAAUGCUCUCUGCUUGUUAGUAAGGAUCCUGAAGAUCGAGCAGACAUUGUGAUUACGUUAUAUGGGGAUGCUGUUCCAGUUCCUGAGGAUGAUAGAGAGGCUGCACGCACUGUUUUUCUUCAAAGGCAUCCUAAUGCUUUUUGGGUUGAUUUUGGUGACUUCCGCUUUAUACAAAUCAAGCCUAAAUUUGUACAUUAUGUUUCUGGGGUUGCUACUGCUUUGCUGGGAUCAGGAGACUUUAAUGCUGUAGAGUUCAGAGCUGCCAAAGUUGAUCCAAUAUCUCAGUUUUCAGUUCCCAUAUCUUCUCAUAUGAAUAAAGAUCAUGCUGAAGAUACAAAAGCAAUGGUACAGCAUUCUACAUCCAUUAAGGUGGACUCUGCUUACAUUCUGGAUGUGGAUAGUAUUGGUUUCAACGUUAAGGCUGUUUAUCGAGGGAGCACUUACAAGCUAAGAAUUCCUUUCCCUAGACGCGCUCAAGAUAGAAAGGAUGUGAAGACUCUUAUUAUAGAGAUGCUCCAGGCUGCUGGAGCUACUGCGUAAACAUCGCAAACACUGAUUUCAGGGUGCAUCGGAGUUAUGCAAAAGUUUAAGUUGGCCAAAGCUCGGUGAACCACACUUUUUCUUUGAUGAUGAAAUAAAAAUCCAAAGUGCAGGUUUUGGAAGUGUAAAGUGCAUGGAAAAGCUUAUUAUAGAGCAACACACAAAUUAUAUAAAAAAAAUGUGGCAAAAAUUAAUUGCAUUUUAUGUAACUAUUAUAAUCUAACGCCACGAUCAGCAAAUUCUUUAAGCACAUUUUAUCAGAAGUGCUGAGUAACGUUUUCUCCUUAUUGAAGGUUUUAAAAGACCUUUGUAGAUGUUCGGUUUAGGUGCUUUUGGUUGACUGAAAUAGUGGUGCACUUAACUUUAUUUUG